AUGGCCAUCAAGAACAAACUUCCACCUUCUUCACCCUCUGAAGAAUCGGACCACUCUGGAAAACAUUUGAAAUUGAGAAAAUUCUCUCAUUCGAGCCAAGAGGAUCUCAGCAAUGAUGAUGAAACCCAAAACAACAACCACAAUAUCAAAAAACAUCAUCCCAUUCAAGUGAAUCCUCUUCAUGUGGAUCUAAUCGUCAAGGAAGUGGUCAAGAAACCUAAUUGGAAGACUAAAUUGGAUGACCUCUCUGAUAAAUGGGAAGAGGAAUGUUUGGAGCAAGACAUUUCAUUGGCCAGUGUUCAAGUCGCGUUUGAUAUUCUUCGGGAUAUUGAAUUUUUAGGUCGUGGAGUCAAGCAUUGCUGUGGAUGUUGUGGAGCUAAACCCAAAAAGAAACGAUACAACAAUGAGGAUGAAGAGGACGAAAAAGAGGACGAAAAAGAUGACGAAGAAAAUGACGAAGAGGACGAUGAAGAAGAAAACGGUUAUUAUCCAAGAGAUACCAAAUUUUGUUUGUGUCCUUGUUCUCAUUGUGCCCUUCAUUUUCAAGAGGUGUCCUCUUUUGUGUGUCAAACCUAUGAUCAUUUGAUUCCUGAAGAGUUGAAGAAAGAGUUAAAAAAAGAAAUUGAGACCUUGGUGGAGAAUACUCCUGAAGAAAAAUGGGAUUGGCAUCCUGGUUCGAAUCAUCAAGUUUUGGACAUUAUUCAUCCAUCUCUUUAUUGUUAUUCAAAAAAGUAUAGUCAUUUCGUUGAGGGAGCUCAAUAUUUGGAAAAGAUGAAGAAAAAAAACGAAAAGAAAGAGGAUAAUUCUCGACCUUCUUUUUACAUGAGAGGGUAUAAGAAACCUGAACCUGUCAUUAAUUAUUCGUGGAUGCCGACAAAUUUCAAAAUUCAUGAGAAUAUUGGAGAAUAUUCUGUUGAGCCAUUGUCUUAUAUCAACAAUGUCGAUCCAGUCACUCAGAAAUCUUUACAAGAUGUCAUUUGUAAAAUUUUGGGACGUUUUAUUCAGCCUAUCAAGAAGUAUGCCAGAACAGAUACUAUUCAAGUCAUUGUUAAGGCUGCGAAUAUCAUUGUCACACCCGAACAACAAUACUAUCCUGGAGGUACUUGGCACACAGAGGGACUACACGAGAACAUUAUAGCAACAGGAAUUUAUUAUUAUGAAACUGAAAAUGUGAAGGAGAGUUUUUUAGAAUUCAGAAGCAGUGUUGAUGAUACUUCAAUCUAUUAUGAACAGGAUAAUGUGGAACAAGCAUUUGUCAGGAGUGGACUUCAUGAUGGAGAUUUGUUAUUCCGCUAUUUGGGUCGUGUGGAAACUAAACAAGAUCUUUGCAUUGUCUUCCCUAACACCUGUCAACAUCGAGUGAGACAUUUCUUCCCAUUGGAUCCAACUAAGGUUGCAAAGAGAAAGAUUCUAGUGUUCUUUGUUGUCGAUCCAUUCAAACCAAUCGUUUCAACCAGUGAUGUUGAUGUACAGAGACGAGAUUUCCUUACCAACCGAUGUUUAAUCUUAUCCAAGAUUUUGCCUGUAGAAGUGGUUGUGAACAAUAUUGUUUGUUUCCUUCCUCACAUGACUCGUAAGCAAGCAGAAGAGGAACGUGCUGCAUUGAUGAAAGAGAGAAAAUACCAUGUCAAGCAAGAAAAUGAAGAGAAAUUUGAGAGAGAGUUCUCCUUGUGUGAGCAUUAA